AUGACUAUCCCAGGUCAAUUGGGUCGUGUCAGCUCAUUAUUCCCUUACAUUGAAAAAGACUGGUGGAGAGACGCCUAUAACGAGACAUACCUCUAUGCGGAUGGAGACUGCGUCGAGGAUCCAACCGUCACGGCGAAGGAGUGCGACGGCCUGUUAAACAUUCCCCGUGUACAAAAGCUCUUUCAAAACGCCACCAGCAUUACUCCGGUGAAAGUGCUUGAUCUGUGUUGCGGUCAGGGCCGACACACCAUCCACCUCGCAAAGCGCUUUCCAGCCGUGCAUUUUCACGGCGUUGACCAAAGCACCUAUCUCCUGGAUAUAGCUCAGGAGCGAGCGAAAGCCGAGGACUUGACCAGAAAUACCAAGUUUGAAGCGGGCGAUGCGCGCCAAAUCCCUGUUGCGGACGACAAUUUUGACGUGAUCGUCCUUCUCGGAAAUUCAUUCGGGCACGGCAACGAACAGGACAAUCUGCAAACUGUCCGGGAAGCUCGUCGGGUCCUAAAACCAGGAGGUAUCUUUAUCAUCGACUAUGUGGAUGGCGAAUGGAUGCGGGCCAACUUCACCCAGAGCGGGUGGGAGUGGCUCGAUACCGAGCUCGUAGCCAAAGCAAACAAGCAGUUGAGGAGCAUAACGGCCAGUAUGAAGCUGCUAGCGUGUCGCGAACGUGAACUGUCCCCGGACAAAAAGCUCCUCGCUAGCAGGGAGAUCGUGAUCGAUCUCGCAGCUCCAGCCGUGCAUCAGGAUCUGUUCUAUUCUGUUCGGAUGUAUGACCUCGAUGAGAUGGAGGGGCUUCUGCAUCGGGCCGGACUGUGUAUGCAGCCCCAGGAUGCGCAACAGAUCAAUGGGCCAAAGAAUGAGAAUGGAGCUGCGGAUGCGGGAAUGAUGGAGUGCCGGCAGUUGGUCGUUGCUCAUAAGCCAGGUGUAACGUCCACGGCCCCCGCUACAGCUUUAACCCCUCUCGUUCCUCAAGAUGCGGACCUAUACAUCCACCCUCAUCUGACCCCGGACUACGACCCAGAGAAAGGCCGAUCGCUGCGCGUGUCGGAGUCCGUACCGGUUGGUACAGUUCUUGUGGUAGAUCCUCCAUACGCCGUGGUUCCCUCGGAGCAUCCAUCGACACACGAUGCUAUCAUGUGUAGCAAUAUUAUAUGUCGCCGGCAAGUUCCUCAAGCCAUAGCUGUCCGUUGCCCCAAUGACUGCAUUCAAGACGUUGUCUGGUGCAACGAUCAUUGCCGGGCUACAGGCCAGGCGACUCACGACUUUGAAUGUGACUGGCUCAAGCAGCAUGGAACAACUAUCCGCGAAAAAGAAGAUGAAUAUACCCUUUCCAUGGCCGGCGGCGUGGCGUUGUGGUAG